AUGUCUAUCCUGAAAUCACCCUUGUGCCUGGCUGCCAGCGCCGUGGGAACAAUCUUCGUGGCAUUUGGUGUCAACGCCGUUCUGCGACCCGAUAAUGCCCUGACAUUUUUCGAAUUCGAACCACCUGCUGCAGCGACAGAUAAGAACAUGGUAGACAGCCUCAUGGCUGUCUACGGUGUCCGCGACAUCUUUAUGGGCCUCGCAAUCUAUGCGGCGGCCUUCGUGGGGACUCGUCGGUCCCUGGGAUGGACCCUGCUUGCCGCCAGUGCGGUAGCCUCUGCCGACGGGUUCGUGUGCUGGACUCAUGGUCAGGGCGAGUGGAACCACUGGGGAUAUGCGCCGAUGGUCGCGGUGCUCGGAGGUCUGUUGCUCGGCUUGAGCGACAAAGCAUGA